AUGCUGGCAAUAGGCGAGAGAGUCGCUAAGCUGUUCCAGAAAGUGAUGGAUUUCACGGCUACAUACGAGCAGUACGUUCGAAUGUAUGAUGAGAAUGAGGGGAUGAGCAUUGAGGAGGACUACGGCUCGGAGAGUCGCCUCGAGGUCUAUCGGGAGGGGCUUAUCAAGUACCGGGAUCAGCAGGAGAGGAUUGCUGCUAUGGAGCCUAGGAAGGAAAUAGGCCUCUUCCGACUUGACGCCGAGGCGUUCCAGAAGACCCUUAGGCCUAAUCCUGUUAAGUGUUUGGACAAACUACAGAAGUAUAUACCGGAAAUGGCGAUGGGAAGGAUACAGAACUUGUUGAAGGAGGUCAAGCGAGCUAGUGAAAGGCUGGGGACGCUCCCUUCGAACGUCGAGGAGUUCGUUCAUUUCACCACCUACCUCAACCAGCUGGCUGGAGACACUAUAGCGAGGGAGGCGGCAGCCGCUGCCGAUCCUGAUAGCCCUGCUGAGGAGGCCCCAGUGGAGGACGCUGUCGCGAGCUUCAAGGCGAUGGAAGGUCGGCAGCUGGAUGUGGGGGACCUGAUGGAGUUGGUGAAGGAGUUUAAUAUUAAGACUACUUCUAAGCAGAGGACGUCCUUUAUGGAGUUAUCUCAAGCCUUGAGUAGUCUCAAGAGUCAGAUAGAGUUCUCACGGGGGAGCACGGAAGCUAACGGGCAUCGUUUCGUGAAGGAAUUGGAACAAGAAAUUCCGGUUAUGCUGGAAAGCGUUACAAAGGGAUUUGAGUGGCUAAAGGAUCACAAGCUCUCGGAUGAGAUUCUGGCCUCUUCCGAGGAGGGCCGACGGAAGGUUCUGGAGAAGCUGGAGCAUAUUGAUAAGCAUGUGGCCACAGUCAGUGUGGAUGCCAAGAGGAUCAACGAUUAUCAGGAGGUGUUGAACGUUGAAGUGACGCCGUUUGAGAAGGUGGAGGAGCUGAAGACUCUAUCGGGGAGCAUAUCGAAGUUGUGGAAGGGCCUGGCCGAGUGGGAGCAGAUGAGCGAGCAAUGGAUGCGGUGGCAAUUUGGUCGAGUUGAUGUGGAGAAGAUAUCGAAAGAGGUUGCGGUGUACCAGAAGGUGGCCAUGCAGAGUUUGAAGCAACUCGAGACGAAUCCGGUAGCGACUAGAUUUACGGCUAAGGUCGCCGCCUUCAAGAACACUUUGCCGGUGGUGAUGGCGUUACGUAAUUCCGCAUUGAAGAAGAGGCAUUGGGAGGAGAUCAAUGAUACGAUCGGUGUGGAGUUGGAUUUGGAAAGUGAGGAUUUGACUUUGGGAGAGUUGCUGGGCAUGGGCGUCGAUAAGAGCAUGGACCAAAUACAGGAGAUAGCAGGACGUGCUGGGGCUGAACAGUCUUUGGAGGAGAUGCUUGAUAAAGUAAAACGAGUGUGGGAAGAUCUUGAGCUUGUUCUUAACCCGUAUAAGGACAGCAAGGAUGUCUUCAUAUUGGGAUCGGUCGAUGACGUUAUCACAGCACUGGAAGAUUCCUUGGUCAACAUUUCGACAAUUUCGGGCAGCCGAUUUGUUGGUCCGAUACGUGGGGAAGUGGAGGAGUGGCAGAAAAAUCUAAUGCUCUUUCAAGAGACUCUGGACGAGUGGCUGGCAGUUCAGCGGAAUUGGGUGUAUUUGGAGUCUAUCUUCAGCGCGGGCGAUAUCAAGAAGCAGCUUCCUAUCGAGUCGGUCAAAUUCAUGGAUAUCGAUCAGCACUGGCGCAACAUUAUGAAGGAGACCAACGAUUACAGUGUGGCUCUGGUGGCUGGCAUUAAGCCGGGCAGGUUAGAGCAGUUCAGGGAAUUCAAUGAGACUCUGGAUCAAAUACAGAAGUCUUUGGAGGAGUACCUACAUUCGAAGCGGAAAGCCUUCCCAAGGUUCUUCUUCCUGUCCAAUGAUGAGCUAUUGGAAAUCCUGGCACAAGCCAGGAGAAUACAGGCGGUCCAGCCGCAUCUCCGCAAGUGCUUUGACAACCUGGUCAAACUGCGCUUCAGUGGGGAUGAUGACAAGGGCGGUAGAGGCUCGGGUGGUUCUGAUAUCGUUGGUAUGAUAUCUAGUGAGGGAGAGGAGAUUCCUUUCUACAAAGUACUGAAAGUUCGAGGGAACGUUGAGAAGUGGUUGCUGGAGGUGGAGGAGCAUAUGGUCAAGAGCAUGCAUGCUGUGAUGCAGAAGGGAUUCAUAGACUAUCCAGAACAGCCGAGGAAGGAAUGGGUCGCUGAGAAGGAGGCUCAGGUCGUAUCGUGUGUGGGUAUGAUAAUGUGGUGUGCGGAGACGGAGCGAAUACUGCAGAAUGAGGAUAAGAAGAGGGUUGUGGAUGAUAUGAAUAUUUGGUAUCAGCGUAACGUCACACAAUUGGAGGACCUCACGGACUUGGUCAGAUCUAAGCUGUCGUCUAUUCAGAGGAGAUCAGUAGUAGCGCUGGUCACUCAAGACGUACACAAUAGAGACAUCAUAGAGGACCUUUCGGAGAGUAAUGUGGUCUCGACGUCGAGCUUCAAGUGGCAGCAACAGCUUCGGUAUUACUGGGACGUUGAAGAGGAUGAUUGCAUCGUCAAUCAAGUCGAUGCGGUCAUCCGGUAUGGGUAUGAGUAUCAGGGGGCAACAACAAGAUUGGUUAUAACACCUUUGACAGACAGGUGUUGGAUGACCAUCACCGGGGCACUGCAUAUCAAGUUGGGAGCUGCCCCUGCGGGCCCAGCCGGUACCGGCAAGACCGAGAGUACCAAGGAUCUCGCCAAAGCGUUAGCAAGACAGUGCGUCGUGUUCAACUGCAGUGACCAGAUAGACUAUAAAAUGAUGGGCAAGUUGUACAGCGGUGUUGUUACUGCUGGGGCUUGGACAUGCCUUGACGAGUUCAAUCGUAUCUCUAUCGAGGUGUUGAGUGUUAUUGCACAGCAGCUACUGACCAUCAGAGUGGCUCUAUUGAACGACCAGUCAGAGUUUAUGUUCGAGGGCUUUAUGCUCAAACUCAAACCUACAUGUGGAGUCUUCAUUACGAUGAAUCCGGGAUACGCUGGUCGAACUGAGUUGCCUGACAACUUGAAGGUUCUCUUCCGCCCGAUGAGUAUGAUGGUUCCUGACUAUACACUCAUCGCUGAGAUUAUGCUCUUCGCAGAAGGUUUCAGCACUGCCAAGCGGCUUUCUGGCAAGUUCACGAAGCUGUACAAGCUCUCUUCAGAGCAGCUAUCCAAACAGGACCACUACGACUUCGGCAUGCGAGCAGUGAAGUCAGUGUUGGUGAUGGCUGGCAGUCUGAAGCGUUCUGACCCUGACCUCAACGAGGACGUCCUCUUGAUUCGCGCUAUGAGGGACUCUAAUGUACCAAAGUUCUUAGCAGCUGAUCUACCGCUCUUCUACGCCAUCGUGGGAGAUCUUUUCCCCGGGGUAGAGGUCCCCUACAUCGACUAUGGCGUUUUACGCGAGGCUGUGGAUCAUUCUGUUGUUACUGAAGGACUACAAGUUGUCGAUGCACAGGCCAAGAAGGUCAUCCAGCUCUAUGAGACCUUUAACGUCAGAUUUGGGGUUAUGCUCGUUGGGCCCACUACUGGUGGCAAGACGGUCAUCUAUCGUACGCUGGCAAAGGCUCUGAGCAAGCUUCGGGCUGAUGGGCAUCCUGAUGAGAACUACCAGACGGUUCGCUACGAUGUCCUCAACCCGAAGUGCAUCACUAUGGGGGAACUCUAUGGUGAGUUCAACGAGCUCACGCAGGAGUGGACCGACGGCCUUGGCAGCUCCUUGAUGCGAGCUAAUGUCGCUGAUGAGACGCAAGACUGGCGGUGGACAGUUUUUGAUGGUCCAGUGGAUGCUAUAUGGAUCGAAAGCAUGAACACUGUCCUUGAUGAUAAUAUGACCUUAUGUCUGGCUAAUGGUGAACGCAUUAAGCUGAAGCCCGAGAUGAGGAUGUUGUUCGAGGUCCAAGACCUGGCUGUGGCCUCGCCAGCAACUGUGUCGAGGUGUGGUAUGGUGUAUGUGGACCCACUCGAUCUCGGCUGGCGACCGUUUGCCUAUACGUGGCUCUACAAUCACCUCCCAGAGGGCCCUCCUUACAGCACUGCAGUGCGAGAGAAGAUAUGGGAGCUCAUGGAAAGACAUCUAGAUCCAGCUGUAGCGUUUAUACGUCGGAAUUCGUCGGAGCCCCUGACUACUGUCGACACCCAGUUGGUCUACUCCUUUUGUUUCCUAUUCGAAGCUGUCCUCUCCUGGGAAGCUGCGACACUGCAUGGUGCGGCUAGCUCUGACUGCGACCCUGAGAAAAACCCAAUGGUGGAUCUGCGCAAGUUGGACCCUGAGAACGAUGAGUCGGCCAAACUGUUGGAAAAGAUCAUCCUGAGUACCUUCUGUUUCGCGAUGGCAUGGUCUAUUGGAGGGUCCUGUGAUACUAAGAGUCGACAGAUGUUCGCCCAGUACUGCGAGCAGGAGUUCGAGUCGGUCUCCUUUCCUCGGGGCGGGAGCGUCUAUGAUGGUUAUGUUGAUUUUGCGAAGGGCAAUAGGUUUUUACCCUGGGAGGACCUAGUGCCCAAGUUCACAUAUAAGGCGACUGAUAGCUACCUCCAGCUGCUGGUACCAAACGUGGACAGUGUUCGCUUCUCAUUUGUUGUUGACAAGAUGCUGACUCAAGGGAAGAGCGUGUUGUUGACAGGCAUGACGGGCGUCGGGAAGUCGGUCAUUCUCGCGAACUUGUUGAACAAGAUGAAGGAGCAUUCUGGCGUUGUGCCUGUGACUAUGACACUAAGUGCACAAAGCAACGCGUCCAGGAUACAACUAACGAUUGAGGGAAAGCUGGAGAAGAAGCGGAAAACCCUCCUUGGGGCUCCUGUGAAUAAGAAGAUUGUCAUUUUGAUGGACGACGUGAACAUGCCGGCUGUUGAGGAGUAUGGUGCUCAGCCUCCCAUAGAGCUGUUGCGACUGUUGCAAGACUUGGGAGGGUUUUAUGACAGGAAAAAACUGUUCUGGAAAGAUAUAGAGAACACUACUCUGCUACUGUGCGCCGCUCCGCCCGGUGGAGGCCGCAACGAGAUGACUCCGAGGUUCACCCGUCACAGUAUGGUCCUCUGUAUGCCCAACACUUCUCGUGACGCUAUGUCCGUCAUCUUCUCCUCUAUACUUGGCGGCUUCUUUGCGGCGUACAAGUUCAAGCCGGAUGUCCAGACUUUGAUCAACGCGAUGGUCGGUGGGGCCAUUGAGUUUUAUGAGAAGAUUUCUGCUGAUCUUCUGCCGACUCCAGCGAAGUCUCACUAUUUGUUCAACUUGAGGGAUGUGUCGAAGGUCUUCCAAGGAGUUCUGAUGGCGAGGCCGGCCAGCUGCAAUUCGUCCGAGAAGGGCGUGAAACUGUGGAUUCACGAGAUGUCUCGAGUGUUCUAUGAUAGACUUAUCAACGAGGAAGAUCGGAAGUGGUAUGUGGAGACUCUGCUGGACUUGGUCAAGCUGAAGUUCCGAACGGACAAGAUGCGAGCGGAUGACUUGUUUGGUGCGACGCCCUUGAUGUGGGGAGAUUUCCUCAAGCCUGGUGCUGACAAUAGUGUUUACGAAGAGAUCACCGACCUGGGCAAAAUGGCGAAGAUUUUGGAAGAUUAUAACGACGAGUAUAACCUCUCUCACUCGACGCCGAUGAACUUGGUCUUUUUCAAGGAUGCUAUGGAGCAUGUUGCUCAUAUAUCCCGGGUGUUACGGCAAGAGAGGGGCAACCUGUUGUUGGUGGGUGUCGGGGGUAGCGGAAGGCAGUCCUUGGCCAGGUUGUCGGCGAGCAUGGCGGAGAUGGGCGAGUUUGAGAUUGAACUUACUAAGGGCUAUGGUGUGGAUCAGUUCAGAGAGGAUGAGAAGGCGUUCUUGAUUGGGUCGGGAUCUGCUGGGGGAACGCAGACGCUGUUCCUUCUGAAUGACACGCAGAUCAUCAGUGAGACGUUUUUGGAGGAUAUCAAUAACGUCCUGAAUGCGGGAGAGGUUCCCAACUUGUUCGCGGCUGACGAGAUGGAUAGAAUCGUUGGGGAUCUACGACCUGUCGCAAAGGAAAACAACAGGAGUGAAGCCAAAGAUGCUGUAUGGAACUACUUCAUCGAACGCAUCAAGGAGAAUCUGCAUAUUGUCCUUGCAGUUAGUCCUGUUGGUGACGCUCUGAGGAUCCGAAUGCGAAUGUUCCCGAGUUUGGUCAACUGCACGACCGUCGACUGGUUCCACCCUUGGCCGGAUGAUGCUCUGUCUUCGGUGGCAACGAGGUUCCUUGAGAAGAUCGAGGCUUUGGAUGAGACAAUGAAAGCUAGCCUUGCCCAGGAGUGUGUUGUUGUCCAUCAAAGUGUAUUGCGAUGGAGCGAUAUUUUCCUUGAGAGGCUGCGGCGGCACGUGUAUUCAACGCCGAAGAGCUACCUUGAUUUAAUUCAUCUUUAUACGGAAAUGCUGAGUGAAAAACGCGAGGAAAAAAUGAAGGUCCAGAAGAGGCUAGUGGUUGGCCUGGAUAAACUGCAAGAGGCGAACUCGGUGGUCAGCAGCUUGCAGGAGGAGCUGACGGCGCUGCAGCCCAUCUUGGCACAGAAGAAGGUGGAAACUGAUGAACUCAUUGUGGUCGUUACGGAGGAACGUAAGAAGGCUGACGAAGUGGCGGCGAAGGUUGCGUCUGAGGAGGCUGUUGUAAGGGAGCAGGCGGAGACGGUCCAGGCGAUCCAAGCUGAUGCCCAGAAGGAUCUCGAUGUUGCUAUGCCUGCCCUGGAGAAGGCUAUUAAAAGUUUGGACGCCCUAGACAAGAAAGACAUCACUGAAAUCAAGACGUUUCCCAAGCCGCCAGCGCUGGUCAUGAUGACGAUGGAGGCUGUGAACACACUCCUUGGUGAGAAACCAGACUGGGAUACAGCGAAGAGGGUGCUGUCGGACAGCCAGUUUAUGACGAAGUUGAAGGAGUACGACAAGGACAACAUUCCUGCUAACGUUCUCAAGAAACUGGAGAAGUACAUCCAGAAGCCGGAGUACGCGCCGGACUCUGUCGGGAACCAGUCUAAGGCGGCUAAGUCGCUGUGUAUGUGGACUCACGCUAUGGACAUGUAUUCGAAGGUGGCGAAGACGGUGGAACCGAAGAAGAAGCGCCUUGAGGAGAUGAAUCAGCAACUAGCUGAAGCAACUGGGAUUCUGGCCGGCAAACAGAAAGACUUGAAGGCGAUUCAGGAUAAGGUAGCGGCACUGAAGCGGAAGCUCGACGAUACUGAGGCGGAGAAGGACCGGCUUAUCAAAGAGGCUGAGCUCACACAAGCUCGACUGCAGCGUGCGGAGGUCCUCACCGUGGGUCUUGCCGGGGAAUCGGUGCGAUGGAAGGAGACUGUCGAGAAGAUGGACGUCGAGAUUGAGGCUCUCACUGGUGAUGUGUUCCUCUCGGCUGCGGCCAUCAGCUACUUUGGCUCUUUCACUGGACAAUACCGACGGGAAGUGGUCGGCGAGUGGUUGAGUAACAUGCAGAAAUUGAACAUACCCUGUUCGGAGACCUUCAGCCUCGUUGCCGUCAUGGGCAGCCCUGUGCAAGUACGAGAGUGGAACCUGCAGGGCCUACCGUCGGACAGUGUGUCGCUGGACAAUGGGGUUUUGGUUACUCGGGGGAAACGGUGGCCGUUGAUGAUCGACCCACAAGAGCAAGCGAACAAGUGGAUCAAGAAGAAGGAGGGCGCCGAGGGCAGCUCGGGCCAGCUACAACUGUUGAAACUGGGCAAUCCGAAGUUGUUACUUAUAGUAGAGAACGCUAUCCGCAUGGGUGACCCUCUUCUCAUUGAGGAUAUUGGGGAGGCUCUGGACCCCUCUCUGGAGCCAGUACUGCAGAAGGCUGUAUUCAACAACAAUGGCAGAUUGCAAAUUCAUCUUGGCGACUCGGAUGUGGACUACAACCCGGACUUCAGAUUCUAUAUGACGACGAAGUUGCCGAAUCCUCACUACUACCCUGAAGUUUGUAUUAAGGUUACUGUUAUCAACUUCACUGUGACGUUCGAGGGUCUCGGUGAACAGCUGCUGACGCUAGUGGUAGAGGCGGAGCUACCGGAAGUGAUGCGGAGGAAAACAGGAUUAAUGAUGCAACUUGACAACGACAAGAGGACCCUGCAGGGCCUCGAGGACGAGAUCUUACGACUCUUGAGUGAAUCACAGGGGAAUAUACUUGAUGAUGAAGUGCUGAUCUCGACCCUGCAACGAAGUAAAGUGACGGCGAAAGACAUUGAGGAACGGGUUGCCGACGCUGAGGUCACCAAAGUUGAGAUUGAGGCUGCGUGCAACAAGUAUUUAUCUGUGAGCGAGCGAGGCAGCAUCUUGUAUUUCGUGGUUGCUGAUCUGGCCAACAUCGACCCGAUGUACCAGUUCUCGCUGUUUUACUUUGUCCGCAUGUUCUUGUUCACGAUCCACAACGCGGAGAAGUCGGAUGAUCUCGACACGCGCUUGCAGACCCUUAUCACUGAUGUGACCGAGUACGUCUUCAAGUUGGUGUGUCGAGGACUAUUCGAGGUUCAUAAGCUCAUCUUUUCCUUUUUGAUACAAAGUCAAAUAGAUCGGCAUGCUGGUCGCAUCAACAACGUCGAGUGGGGCUUGCUUCUGAGAGGUGUUGGCAUCCAAGAUGUGUCGGCCCGGCCGGGAAAUCCGGACGUUGAUCUGAUACCCGAAAAGCAGUGGCAGUUGCUAUAUGCUGUGCAGCAGCGCAUACCACAACUCAGUGACAUCUGCGCUCACGUUACGAAGAAUAUCGACGUUUGGCGACAAUGGUGUUGUCAUGAGAACCCUCAUCUCAAAGACCUGCCUCUGGACUAUGAGCACACAAGUCAGAGACCACCGUUGGAGAGGGAAGAAGAUGAGGAGGCGGAGCAGGAGGGGGAGCCAACGGAAGCGACGAGUCUGAGUUACUUCCGGAAAUUGUUGCUGUUGAAAUGCCUGACUCCCGAGAAAGUCCUCUUCGGCGCGGCAGAGUACGUGAGAAGGUCCCUAGGGGAGAAGUAUUGCAUCUUCGCUACGCCUAUGAUGGAGGAAGUCUUCGCUGACUCGUCCCACACGACUCCGAUCAUUUUCGUGCUGUCGACGGGCGCCGAUCCGACUCAGAUGUUAUUGAGGUUCGCUGCGGCUGAGGACUACGAGUCUAAGCUACAUAUAAUAUCGUUGGGCCAAGGCCAGGGACCGAGGGCCCAGAAGCUUAUGGAAAAAGGAUACAACGAAGGUCUAUGGGUGCUCCUGCAGAACUGUCACUUGGCCAAGUCGUGGAUGCCGUCGUUGCAGCGACUGGUUGAAGCGAUGGAAGGCAAUGCUAUGAUCAACCCACAGUUCCGUCUGUUCCUCACCUCUAUGCCGGCCGACUACUUCCCAGUACCGAUACUGCAAAUUUCUGUGAAGCUCACCACAGAACCUCCCAAGGGUCUACGGGCGAACGUUAAAAGAAGUCUGAUCGCUCUUGAUGAUGAGACGCUGAACAAAUCCAGGAAGGCAUCAGCUUGGCGAAGACUUCAGUUCUCGUUGAAGCUCUUCCACGCGGUUAUUCAGGAGCGGCGGAAGUUCGGACCCCUCGGGUGGAAUAUCCGGUAUGAGUUCAACGACUCGGACUUGGAGACAUCCACUGUCAUUUUGCACAACAUGUUGGAGCUCGAGGACCCUGAGAUCCCUUGGGACACUAUCAGCUUCGUAGUCGGACAGAUCAACUAUGGUGGGCGAGUGACGGAUGAUUGGGAUCGGCGAUGCCUGAUGGCCACUCUCGGCCGCUUUGUCACUAAGGACAUCAUGGAGGAAGAAGACUAUGCUUUUUCGGCCAGCGGAACCUACCGAUUACCUGACAAUGUUGACGAGGCUCCAGUGGCUGGGUUCAGAAAGUACGUAGAUUCUUUACCGUUGUCAGAGGCUCCUGAGAUCUUUGGUAUGCAUGAGAAUGCGAAUAUAUCAUUCCAGCAACAGGAAAGUGACGUGAUCAUCAACACAGUGUUGUCGAUCCAACCCCGAGAGUCGGGGGGAGGCGGCGGCCGGAGUGCUGACGAGAUCGUCUACGAGCUCGCCAUGCAAAUGAUCGAUAGGCUGCCUGAGCCCAUCACAGAGGCUUCGGCUUCUCCUGGUGUGUUUGCUGUGAAUGACCAGGGGAUGAUGGGAAGUCUAGGAACCUGUCUGUCGCAAGAGAUGAGUCGAUUCAAUAAACUGAUCGGUCGGAUGAAGAAGACUCUGGAGGAGCUGCAGAAAGCUAUCAAAGGCCUCAUCGUCAUGACGGCUGACCUCGACGCGAUGUUCAGCGCCUUGCAAAAUAACUAUAUACCUUCGUUAUGGGAAGCUGUUGCAUAUCCUUCAUUGAAGCCACUAGCCUCAUGGUUUGAAGAUAUGAUCAAUCGAGUGGAGUUCUUCCGAGACUGGGUCGUCAAUGACCAGCCUGUCGCCUAUUGGAUCAGCGCCUUCUAUUUCCCUCAAGGCUUCCUCACAGCGGUGCUGCAAGCCUACUCCCGUUACUAUAUGGUACCUGUUGACAUUCUCGGCUUCGAAUUCGUCGUUCAAGAUUUUGACGAUCCCCUCAAUGAAGUUGAUGAGCCUCCUACAGAGGGUUGCCUUGUCUAUGGUCUUUACAUGGAUGGCUGCCGAUGGGACUAUGAGGAGAUGGUCCUUGAGGACCAGGAGCCCGGCGUCAUGUACGUUAACGCUCCCACGAUACACUUCUUGCCCUGCAAGAACUACAAGAUUGAUCCCGAGCAAUACUCCUGUCCACUGUAUAAGACCAGCGUUCGCGCAGGUACACUGUCCACGACUGGGCAUUCUACGAAUUUCGUAUUGGCUAUCGAGAUGGACACUAAUAUGCCUAAGGACCAUUGGGUGCUUAGAGGAGCUGCUCUGUUGACCAUGCUCAAUGACUGA